AAUUCCGUGUUUCACCUGUCAAUUCUUAAAUUCACGGCCGAUAUAUAGUAAAUUUGGUGAUUUUCUAGUAAUGUCCCGUGACUUUAAAAGCAUGCGAGAUGGUGUCAAUAGCCACUCCGAAAAAAAAAAAAAAAAAAAAAAAAGCGGACUUAUAACUUGCUAAUCUGUGUCUUAUAUUUCAAGGUCUUAGCGCAUAAAAUUUUUACACAACAAUUGUUAAAUUAAUUUUUUAAUUACAAUGUACAUUUCAAAUUGAUUAAUCUUAGUAAAUGUCAAAAAACAGCAUGUAUCAAAACAAUACAUCUGAGAGUGUAUAGUUGUACAAAUAAAACGCAAGAUAUACAAUGCAAUGUAUACAAUUUGAAUAAAUUCAGAAUUAAUAUUUAUAUAAUACAAUAACAUCGUCAAAAACUUAUAAAAUCAACAAAAAUGAAUGCUGUGAAGUAAAUUAACAAGGUCAUGGAUACUAACAAUUCAUUGCUAACAACAUUCUUACUAAAUCAUCUGGAAGAAACAACAAUUGAUAUCAAUAGAAUCAUGUACAAUGGAAGUUCAGAAAAUUACACGGAUUUUUUUAUUAAUAAUGACACACUGUCAUCAUCAGUGGUAGCUUUUCAAUCACCUGAAACUAAUAAUGAACAAAAAUUAAAUAAGACGUCAAAAAUUUGUAAUCCACCAACUUCAACAACUACUGAGAAACCUUUUGAUGAUUUUGGUCCACCUGAUGGAGUGGAAUAUAUAUUUGUACCUCUUGGAGUUAUUAUUUUCGUUAUAAUACUGUCAGCUGUGGUAUUAAUUAUAUCACGACGACGUAAAUUGGAACGAUUGCGGCAUAAAUUAAUGCCUCUUUAUAAUUUUGAUCCAGGUGAAGAAGGAGAAGAUGAUUGGGAAACGGAAUUGCUUGACGAAGGGUUUGGUGGACGACAAAGAAGACAGGGAUAUCAGUCAAUUGACAACGAAGAAAAUACAGAACUUUUUGGUCACUGACGUAAAGUUCCACCGAGUGGUAUGCAACCAUUGGCAGAUGAUAAUCCAAUGGAAAUACCACCGUAUUUUUUGCCAAAUACUAAAGUUACUAAGCAUCAUGGAACAACUGCUGUUGACAUAAUAUCAACAGAUGAAGAUUUAUGCUGACAGUGCUCGCGUACUUCUAAAAUUUAGCGAGCAUAAAUAUCAAGUAUUUAUUUUUAUUAAUCGAUAAAUAGGCAUUUGUGUAUUCUUACACUACAGACUGAAACAAUUUACUCGAAUUUAGGAAAGCAGUAUAAUUGCUGAAUAUCUUCUAAAUUAUGUAUUGACGCCAUAAAAAUUUUAUCUCUUUAUCAAUAUAAUUAAAAAUUUAAUUACUUUAUUUUUUUUGAGCAUUAAAAAAAAUUUUCUUGAAGUAAAAAUAGUUUAUUGAUUUUAUUUUUAGUUACGAGUAAUUUAACUAGAGCGUUUUGUCAGGAUAAAAAGUUUGGUCGAGUUAGAAUGUUUUUUUAAUAGAAAAUUAAUUAAAAAAAAAAUUUUUGACUUG